GCGCCCAUGGCCGGAGCCGCAAUGGCCGAGCCCGGCCGCGGGCCGCCUUCCGCGCCCGCGCCCGGCACGGAGGGUCUGCCGCGCGCCUUCUUGCAGAGCCUGCGCACCCUCUUCGACAUCCUGGACGACCGGCGGCGCGGCAUCGUGCACCUGCGCGAGAUCGAGUCCCGCUGGCAGGGCGCCGACGCUCGCGAGCUGCCCCGCGGCGUACUCGAGGGCCUGCGCCAGGUGGCCCCGGCCAGCGGCUACCUGACCUUCGAGCGCUUCGUGGCCGGCCUGCGCACCUCACUGCUGAGCGCCGACGGCGGCACGCGGGCCCCGGCGCGCGCCCCGGCCCGAGGAGGCUGCCCGGCGCGGCCCGGGGGGCAGCCGCCGCCGCCGCAGCGCCUGGUGUUCGCGCCGGCCGACGAGCCGCGGACGGUCCUGGAGAGGAAGCCCCUGCCCCUGGGCGCGCGCCCCCCGCCGGCCGGCCCGGGUGGCGCGGCCCGGAGCCUAGAGAAGCUGUGCAGCCCGGCGGAGGCGGCGCCCGGCCCGGAGGAGCCCGAACGGCCCCAGGGCGCGGCGCUGGAGCGGAGCCCGAACACGGACGCUGAUGCAGUGGCCUGCAGGGCCCGGGAGCUGGGCGUGGGGGACGCCCGGUGGGGCCCCCGUGCCCGAGGGGAACGUCGGAGACACACCAUCACCAACGGUGUGGACUGCGACCUGCUGAAGCAGAUGAAGGAGCUGGAACAGGAGCAGGAGGUGCUACUGCAGGGCCUGGAGAUGAUGGCACGGGGCCGGGAGUGGUACCAGCAGCAGCUGCAGCGCGUGCAGGAGCGCCAGCGCCGCCUGGGCCAAAGCAGGGCCAGUGCCGGCUUCGGGGCUGAGGGGAGCCCCCGCCUGCUGGGGCAGCUGCUACCCAAGGUGCAGGAGGUGGCCCGAUGCCUGGGGGAGCUGCUGGCCGCGGCCUGUGCUGGAAGGGCUCUGCCCUCGUCCUCCUCAGGGCCCCUGGGCCCCGCCCUGGCGCCCGCCUCGCCCGCGGUCCCCAGCUGGCAGCAGCAGACCGUCCUCAUGCUGAAGGAGCAGAACCGGCUCCUCACCCAGGUGAGCUGUGGGCGGGGUGCGUGGCCCGGGGCCGGAGGCUGGGCAGGCCCUGACUGCCCUCCUGCCCGCCCAGGAGGUGACCGACAAGAGCGAGCGUAUCACACAGCUGGAGCAGGAGAAGUCCGCCCUCAUCAAGCAGCUGUUUGAGGCCCGUGCCCUCAGCCAGCAGGACGCUGGGCCCCUGGACUCCACCUUCAUCUAGCCGGCCCCAGGCACAGACGAGGGGCCUCGCGGCCUGGCACUCAGCCCUGAGGCUGAAGGCGCCCUGGCCAGCCCGAGCACCGCCCUCCUUCCUCCCUACCAGUCUGGGCUCCCCUAACCCCAGGAUGUUCUGAGACCCCAGACAUUGACUCCAUCUUGGUCUUGGGGGCCUGACCUGGGGUGGGACUCCAUCAUGCCAACACACAGCCCGAAGCUGCUCCUGCCACUGUCAGUGGACAGUGGGGGACACCCCCUCGUGUUCACCAGAUCUGGGCAGUCCUGGCAGCUGGUGUGUCUCCCCUCCCACCUGGGGUCUCCAGUGGAAGGCACUGAUCACACUAGGCUGCGUUCCCAAGAGUGGCCAGCAGAGAGCGCCACAUGCACUGGUGACUGCGGCCUUGGAGGCCCCGCUGUGGUGUCUCAGAUGGGGCCCGGAGUAGGAGAACCUGGGGCGGGCUGGGACACCUGCAGGUCCAGUGGGUGAUUGGCCCCGGGGGUCCAAGGGCGUCUUGCCCUGCUCAAGACUAGGCGGCUGUCCCUCAGUCAGGAGCAGAUGGAGGGUGGCCUCUAAGAAGGGGGUUCUGCUUGUGUCCAGUUCCAGGGGAGCCCCGAGGGCAUGGUGUUGGGGAUUCACUGGAUUCGUGCCUGGGCCAAAGCUGGCCUGCUUGGUCCUCCCCACGGACCUUAGAUGCUAAACAAACGGGCAGACCCAGGCCCCAAGCAGGGUUCAGCCUCCACAUCCCCGGCCCCCAGCCCUGCCGGCCGGGGCUCUCCCGUUUCUGGGCUUUGCAAAUGCUCUUCCGUCCCUGGGAACACCCACUUCCUGCUUCACCUGACUGGCUCCUGCCCAGCCCUGCACCUUGGAUACAGAGGGAACGAACCGGCAGAGGCUGAAACGGCAAAGGGGGUAGCCUUUGCCCUGAGGGUAUCUGCUUUCCCCCUGAGGUCUUCGCGGAACUUGGAAGGCAGGACCAGAAGCCAGUGUCUGCCCCAGGGGUACUGCCCACAGAAGGCGGACCCUCCAGCUGCAGGGUGAGUGUGGAAGAAACCCGCGACUCAGGGAGAGGCCUCGUGGCGCUGGCUUUCCACGCAGGGUGGAAAAUGCAUCCUAUUCAUUUGCAGUCUGAAAUCAGGCUGCCUGUGCGGCCCUAGAGACCCCAAGGGGAGAAUUGUAAGUGGCCCAGGUUGGCGGGGCCCAGGCGGCUGGUGGAAGCCAAACGUCCUCGCUAGAGCAGCGAGUGUUUCUUAGCCGUGCACGGGGGAUGUCUGGGGCCGCGUUAAGUCUUGGGGGAGCUGUCUGUGCCCCGUAGGAUGUUUAGUACCAUCCCUGGCCUCUAUCCACUAGAUGCCAGCAACACACACACACACUCAGUUGUGAUGACCAAAAUGUCUGGACAUUGCCAGUGCCCGGGGGCAAAGUUGCCCUUAGCUGAGCAUCUCUGCUCUAGAGCAAUUCAACUCCACCAGGCCUCAAGGAUUUCCUACAGACCAAGUUCCAAGGAAAAUGAGCAUCUCCAGCUUAAAAAAAUGUUCACAAACACCACAAGGAAAGAAUCUACCAUGAGAGCCAGCAGAAACAGCAGAUUCAGAUAUUCAAUAAUCAGAGAACAUAAAAUGGCUGUGUUUCGUACGCCUGAAGAAAUAAAAGAGACCCCAGAAAAUACGAACAAGGAAUAGUCUUUAUAGUUUCUUAUUCUGUUAAAAAAAAGUGUAAUCUUUUCUUCUAUAAAGGUGACCGAUAACAUGAAAAAGAGUCUAAUAGAACCAGGAAUUUAAAAUAUAUAUAAAGAUUUAAAACUCAAAUGGACCUCAGAUGGAAAAUUUCAGCAUAGCUGAAGGGAGACUUAGUGAAUUGAAAGACAGAGCUUAGGAAAUGGUCCAGAACACGGCCCAGGGAGACAGAGUUGAGAAAUAUGGACGAGAGGAGGGUCUUGAAAGAUAAGGGGGAGAGGGCUGCUUGUCUGAUUGGAUUUCCUGAGAGAGAGGCUAGGGAAGGAGGGACAAUAUAUGAAGUUAAACUGGCUUAAAUUUUUCCAGAAUUGGCUAAAAAUAUCAAUUCUCAGAUCCAGGAAUCCCAGUGGAUCCCAGCCAGGACGAAUAAAAAGAAAUGACAUUUUCUCUUAAAAGAUUGCUAAAGACAUUGAGGGAGACGUCUCUAACCUUUACUGUGGGGUUGGGGGCAGGUGUGGUUAUUGGGGGAGGGGUGAAGAGACAGUUCAGGGAAAACCUCUCCUGGACAAGUUGAAAGGUGAAUGGAUACCUGAACCAAGCCUCAGAUGAUGAGUGAGAUAGAGGCAAGGGAGCACAUGGGUCAUGCCAGGAAUGGAGAGGUUUAGAAGAGGAAGAGUUCAGGAGGCGUAGAGCCAGGGCACGAUGGGCUAUGGAUGGAGUUUGUACUUUUUCCUGAGCUCUGUUAGAGAGCUAUGGAAGGAUUUUAGUUGGGGGUUGCCUAUGUGUGUUUUAUGUAGCUUAUAGAUGUUUGUUAUAGAAAAAAAUAGAAAAUAAAAAUAAACAGAAAAAAAAAUUGUUAAAGAAUCCAGAAACAGAAAAACAAUUUGCUACAAAAGAGCUGCCACAGUGACAUCAGAGGCCAGAGAGAGUGAAACGCCGUCAGUGGCUGAGAUUCUAUACGUAAUUAUUAACCUAGAGGCCCACGUCCCGAGAAACUGUCUUUUGAGGGUGAGGGCAAAAUAAAAACAUGUUCGUACAAAGUUGAGAGUUUACCACCAACAGCACUUGACUAAAGGAAAUUCCAGAGAAGGAUUUCAGAGAGAAGGUACAGUUCAAGAAGGAAUCACAGACCGGGGUGAGUCAGUUAGCUGUGGCUGCAGAACGAGGCAACUUAAAACUUAGUGGCUUAAGGCAACAUAUUUUCUUGCCGUUUCUGUGGGUUAGGAGCUGGGUGGCUCUGGCCUGGAAUCGUGUGAGGCUGCGGUGAAGAUGAUCUGCCGGGGCUGCAGUCUCCCCUGAUGCCGACUGACAGGCAGGACCCACUUCCAAGACAGCACAUCCACACGGCUGUCGGCAAAACAUCGCCGUUUUUUGUCUCCGUUGUAACAAUAAUUAAUGAUGAUGAUUUGUGGGAGAGCAGGACAGGACCCAAAUAACGUCAAUAAUGCCAUAAAAAUGGGGAGGAGUGAUUGGAGAUAAACAGUUCUAAAGUAUAAUUGUUCAGGGACUUGCCUGGUGGUCCAGUGGCUAAGACUCUGCGCUCCCAAUGCAGGGCGCCCAGGUUUGAUUCCUGAUCAGGGAGCUAGAUCCCACACGCAUGCCGCAACCAAAGAGCCCAGCUGCCGCAACUAAGACCCAGCGCAACCUAAUUAAUUAAUAGUAAAUUUUAAAAAUUCAUCAAGUGUUAAAAUAAUAAAGUAUAAUUGAUCAUAAGGAGGGAAAAGAUAUUAACUUUAUAUUUUAUUUUAUUAAAUAUGUAUGUUACAAUAACUGGGAGAACCAGAUAAAAUAACUGCUAUUCGGUGUAUACCUUCCAAAGAAGGGAGGGACAGCGAAAUGGGGGAGAAAAGGGAAAAGAAGUUCAACUCUACAAGAAAAAAAAAUCAGAAAACACAUAAUAAGGGACUUCCCUGGUGGCGCAGUGGUUAAGAAUCCACCUGCCAAUGCAGGGGACACAGGUUUGAGCCCUGGUCCGGGAAGAUCCCACAUGCCGCGGAGCAACUAAGCCCGCGUGCCACAACUACUGAGCCCGAGUGUCACAACUACUGAGCCCGCGCGCCUAGAGCCCGUGCUCCACAAUAAGAGAAGCCACCUAAUGAGAAGCCCGUGCACCGCAAGGAAGAGUAACCCCCGCGCGCCGCAACUAGAGAAA